AUGGGGCGCGGCGGCGGGCGGGCGAGGGAGGAGGAGGAGGAGCUGAAGGGCGCGAAGCGCGGGUACCGGGAGGCGGAGUCGGAGGGGAACCGGGAGGAGGAGGCGCGGUGGGCCAACGUCAUCGGCGACAUCCACAAGCGCCGCGGCGAGUACGUCGAGGCGCUCCGCUGGCUGCGGAUCGACUACGAGGUCUCCCUCAAGCACCUCCCGCAGCGCCACCUGCUCGAGUCCUGCCAGUCGCUCGGGGAGGUCCACCUCCGCCUCGGCCACUACCCCCAGGCCCUCACCUACCAGAAGAAGCACCUACAACUUGCCAAGGACACUGAUAACCUUGUUGAGCAGCAGCGAGCUUGUACCCAGCUUGGGAGAACCUACCAUGAAAUGCUUCUAAAUUCUGAAAAUGACCACAAUGCCAUACGGAAUGCCAAGAAGUAUUUCAAAUCUGCCAUGAAACUGGUUAAGGGUCUAAGAGAGAAUGACCCAUCUGGAAAAACACCCUACCUGAAGGAGCUCAUUGACUCAUACAAUAAUUUGGGCAUGCUUGAACUAGAUCUUGAUAACUUUGAAGAAGCUGAGCAACUACUUACCCAGGGUUUGAAAAUAUGUGAUGAAGAAGAGGUAAAUCAAUAUGAUGAUGCUCGCACGAGGCUCCAUCAUAAUCUAGGAAAUGUUUAUACCGAGUUACGCAACUGGAACAAAGCCAAGGAUCAUAUUGAGAUGGACAUAGAUAUAUGUAGAAAAAUAAACCAUCUUCAAGGUGAGGCAAAGGGAUUUAUAAAUCUGGGGGAGUUGUAUUAUCGGGUUCAAAAGUAUGGAGAUGCAAAACUUUGCUACAGCAAAGCUCUUCACAUAACAAAGGGUUUGGAAGAUGAAGAUGCACUAGUUGAUCAAAUUCAUCAGAAUAUUGAAACUGUUACGAAAGCAGCUGAAGUUCUUGAAGAGUUGAAGAAAGAUGAGCAGAAACUGAAAAAGCUUGUCAGAGAUACUUCCAAUGCUCGUGGAACACCAAUGGAGAGAAAACUCCUCCUUGAGCAGCAUGCAUGGCUGGAUAAUCUUAUUGAAAAGGCAAGAAUGAUAUCUGCAUGGCUAAAACACAAGGAUUUUUCGAAAGGGAAAAAGAGAGUAACAAAUGAACUUCGUGACAAGGAAAAACAGAGUGAUGCUCUUCUGUCCAUAGGAGAAUCAUACCAAAAGCUUAGAAACUUCAACAAAGCUCGUAAAUGGUACAUGAAAAGCUGGAAAAUGUAUCGAUCAAUUGGAAACUUAGAGGGUCAAGCAUUAGCAAAAGUGGACAUUGGAAAUGUUCUUGAUUCUUGUGGUGACUGGGCUGGUGCGUUGCAAGCUUUUGAAGAAGGCUACAGAAUUGCCGUGGAAGGGAAUGUGCCACAUGUGCAACUUUCCGCCCUUGAGAACAUGCAUUACAGUCACAUGGUCAGAUUUGAUAGUGUAGAAGAUGCCAAGAAGGUACAUAAAAAAAUAGAUGAACUGAAGCAAAUAUUGAAUCAGGACGGAGCAAGGGAUACUGUAAGUGACUAUUGCUCAGAAACUGAGUCUGAAGGUGGUGAUGCUUCUGAUAAAAUGCUUGAUCAAGAGGACAAUGAUGGGCAUGCUGCAAAUUCAUGUUCCGAGGAACCUGAUGAUCAGGUUAUUCUCGCUUCACUGUUUCAUAGAAGUAGGAGCUCAUCCAAAUUGAAGGCAUCCAAGAUGCAUAGCAUCCAGAAGAAGGUUGAUAGAUCAUGUGAUAUGGAUGGGGGCACUAGAGAAGUUUUAAAUAAAUCAUGCAGUAACCAGUCUGGUAAAAAACGUGUCCGUGUGUUUAUAUCAGACGACGAAGCUGAUGAGAGUUCUGAAAUUGAUCAAUCAAAAAAGAUGCAAACUAAUCGAACAGAUAGUCUGUCUACAUCAGAACACAUAGCAAAUGGAGCAAACAACAGGAAUCAGGUAGACCCUACUGAACCCAUGGAUGUGUACAGUAUCUGCACACCCUGCCCUGCUGAGGAAAGUAUAUGCUCAUUCAAAUUAAGUAGCCCCAUUGGUCAUGGUAAUGAUGGACUGGAAAUAGGAGCUUCUAGAGGAGGAAAUGCGUCUGCAUCCAAGCCAGCAGCGAGUGGUUCCAGAAUUUGCAUUCCUGCAUCUCAUAAUCAACCACAAGGUCAAAAUGCUGUCGGCCUUCUAUCCGAUGCUGAUCAUCAAUAUUUGGCGUUCAGAAUUGGUGAACAUCUGGUGUACUUGGAUGUAAAUGCUUGCAUAUGCGAGGCCACUUUUAGCAUCGAGUCUCUUAAAGUCGAAGUGGCAUGUGUAUACUACCUUCAGAUUCCUAAUGAGAAGAGCUCCAAAGGCUUGUUGCCUAUUAUUGGAGAGCUCAAGUGUUGUGGGAAUGUACUGGAUGGUGCAGAAUCAGUUGAUCAUAUUGGUCAACUUGCUUCUGAACAGAAGUGCAUUGAGGCUUUUAUUGAUGAUUGGGUGCCAAAGCGGUUGAUGAAACUGUACGUUGAUUUCUGCACAAAGUUGUCAGAAGCACCAAAUAAGAAGCUAUUGAAAAAAUUGUAUAAUCUUGAAGUCUCUGAAGAUGAAAUCAUUCUGUCUGAGUGUGGACUGCAAGAUUUGUCAAUUUCACCUCUUCUUGAAGCCCUAAGAUCACAUAAAACAAUAGCCAUGUUGGAUCUUUCUCAUAACAUGCUAGGAAACGAAACAAUUGAAAGUCUUCAACAAAUAUUUGCUUCGUCAAGCCAAACAUAUGGUGGUUUGACACUGGAUUUACAUUGCAAUCGAUUUGGUCCAACUGCUUUAUUUCAGAUCUGCGAGUGUGCUGUUCUGACUGAACGACUGGAAGUACUUAAUCUGGCUGGGAAUCGCCUCACAGAUGGUUGCAGCUCUUAUCUUUUCACAAUCCUACAGAAGUGCAAAGCACUGUAUUGCUUGGAUGUUGAGCAGUGUUCUAUCACAUCAAGAACAGUUCAGAAAAUGGCAGAUGCACUACAUGAAGACUCGGUCCUUUCACAUCUGUCGAUAGGAAAGAACAAUCCAAUAUCUGGCAACGCAAUGCUUAACCUUCUCUCCAAACUGGCUUCUUUGAAAAGGUUUUCACAACUAAGCCUAACCGGUAUAAAACUGAACAAGUUAAUGGUUGAUAAACUGUGUCUACUUGCACAAUCCUUGAAUCUAUCUGGAUUUCUGCUAGGUGGAACUUCCAUUGGACCUGGAGGAACAAUUAGGCUGACCGAGGCAUUAUCUAGCGCAUCCCAAGAAUUGAUGAGGUUGGAUUUAUCCAACUGCGGGCUCACAACUCCUGAAUUCUCACAGAUCUGUACAAAUUUUUCUAGAAUUAAUAUUAUCGACUUGAACCUUGGAGGAAAUUCCAUUAACAUGGAGGGAUGUGAUGCUGUUGGGGCAAUACUUGCAAAUCCCCAGUGCAGCCUUAGAUCUCUCACUCUUGACAGAUGCAAUCUUGGGCUUGGUGGCAUUACUCGAAUUAUUCAGGCACUAGCAGGGAAUGAUCAACUGGAGGAGCUGAGGGUUGCCGAGAAUGCAAACCUGUCACUAGAGAGAACACUGCACUUCGACGAGGACAUGCAGGAUGUAUCGACAGGCACCGAGCACAAACACGGCCACAACGCUGAAGCAGGUGACAAUGUAGGUCCAGGAAACGUCGAUCUGGAGAAGAUGGUGGUGGCGGACAGUGAGGAUGAAGCGGCAAACAAGGACCAACGUACAGUUUCUGGUCCUACCAGGAGCUGCGCGAGCUCCUGCCAGCGAAACUCCUAUUCUGGCUGCCAGUUUGUCCAGCAGCUCGCGGAGGCCCUUGUCUCGGCGAAGCAGCUGAGGGUGCUUGACCUCAGCCGGAACGGGCUGUCGGAGGAGGCCGUCCAGUCGCUGUACUCUGCCUGGGCUUCAGGCCAGAGAGGCGACGGGGUUGCCCGGAAGCAUGUGGGCAAGGAGGUGGUGCAUUUCUCGGUGGAUGGGGCGGCGUGCUGCGGGCUUAAGCCCUGCUGCAGAAGGGACUUGCAGAUGUGAACCUGGAUUGGCCUUCCGGUCAGUCAGAUCAGUCGUUCUCAGGAUCAUAUAUAUAUAUAUAUAUAAAUAUAUGGGCUAUUAUUACUAACGGUAACCAGGGCCUGUUAGUUUAA